UUUAUCCUGUCAAGGCCAAUAAUGGAGAUGCCCAUCCUCUUGCCAAAGCAUUGUACAAAAAAAGUAUUUUGGUUGACAUUUAUGGUUUAUACGUAUAUUCAAUCUGGUUCUUCAUUUACUAGUAGUAGUAAUGCUCAAUAAGGGAUUCAUAAUAAUGCUCAGCUUAUUUUUUAAAAUAUUCAUCGUUCAAAUUCAGUCUUUAUUUAUUUUCUAUAGAUAUUUUACUCCAGUUCUUUUCCCGCUUUAUUCUUUCUUUCUAUAUGGUUCUAUAUAUACAUUCUCGCAUUUAUGUUGCAACAAUAUAAUACCUUCAGAACAGAGCUACUGUUGCACGAUCAUCAACAGUUUUUAACUCUCAGCCAGGCCACAUACGUUUCCUGUAAAUUUGAUGGCUUACAUUCCUCCACACAAGCGGCAUUCAAAGGAUGUGAGAACGGCAUCCCCAAUUCCAGAGACGCUGCACCCUCAAUUUCAAAGAAAUAUGAAUUUGAGAGCAUCCACUUCUCGUAAAAAAAAGAGUGGAAAGAUUGUUGAUGCUGACACUACCAUAUAUAAAUGGUUUGCUGUUGGCUUGGACGAAGAUGGCCAGUUUCCUCCUUACAUCCAUCUCGAGCCGAUUUCCUUUGAAUAUUAUGAGCGUAAAACUGGAGAAAAGUCUCUGGUCUUGGUGAAUAGCAUUGUAACUGAAGAGGAUAGCAAACUGGAAAGGAAUGGCUCCAGAAGUCCAUGGGAGAUUAUUGCGGAAAACGUACUGCAAGAACUACUCUCUUCGUUCGAAAUUUUGAGGAAUGAAAUGGAUGAUCAGGGUUCUGAAAAAAUAAAGCCAGAAUUGGUUGCUCGAGUUGGCAAACUCGCUUUUCGUGGGAACUAUUUAAUGGGACUAGAAAGCGUCAAUAAAAUUCAGGUUGAAGAAGCCAUUUUGAGACAACUCAACAGAUCAUUAUACACAAACAUUCCUUCUUCAUAUAUGGAAAAUAUUAUAGAUGGAGUGGUCCCAGCGAUCGGAGUUGAUUAUGAAGAGGAGAAAGAUGUUUACAUUGUAAAGUUGUCUGAUAAUACACGGCCAGAUGCCACUAUUUCAUGUAAAUGCAGUGUGCUGGAAAAUAAAAAACUUCUGCUCUACAAGGUUAAGCUAAACAAAGUGCGCCAGCUGGUCAUAGAUGUAUCAUGUCUUGAUAAGAAUCUGGACCUCAGGCUAAUGCUUAGCACCAGCAGGAUCUUAACAUCUCUAACUGAUGAGGAGAUGAAUAGCCUUAGAGAUCUGAUCAAUUCUGCAGUUCUAGAUUCAGAUAUGAAGGGUGGAUUAAGAUGGCCCCUGGGGGAGGAGGCAUCUUCUGGUGGUAGAUAUAGUGUCAUUGGGGUUUGGCACACAGUAACCAAAGCCUAUACAAGUUCAUCAUUUAGGCUGAUUGCAAGAGAUGCCGAUGGAUACGAUUUUCAGACUGGAACUGGGGAAACUCUUAGAGAGAUUUAUCUGAAGUUGAAAAGAAUUGUUUCAGAAAUACAGGAACCGGGAGCUGAAAGUGAUUCAAUCUCCAAAAUGCUCGAGGACAGCUUAAGACUGAUAUGGGACAAGUUCUUAUGCUGCGAACGGUUUCCAACAUGAUCAUUCCAGUUUUAAUUCUCUUUUCUUCCUCUUCAGCAUGGAAAGGGGGAGAGCCCCAUCUUGUCUGGAUCGUAUCCCAUCUCGACGCGCUGUUUGCAAGUCCGAAUUCUCUCCUCUCUGUUAAUUCUAGGCUUCUUUACAUCUCUGUUUCUUUCUUUCUUUGCUUUGCUUUGCUUUCUUUCUGUUAUAUUUGGAUGGUUGGAGUGUUAGUUUUUAUAAUUAAACUUGAAUAAAAAAACUGAUUAUCGUAA